GGUAGACUUCACACACCCUCGAAAUCUCUACAGAGAACCCCCCAGGUAUGCAGGUUCCUCACAAUGUUUUCCUUUACCGUCAAAGCAAGCGAUAAUUCCCAAAGAAUACAUACAUAGCUUUAGAACAGUCAUAGGUACAUGUCCUUGGGUUUUAAACCUUCGGAAAUUCUCGACGGUCCGAUCCAGUCCCAACUGCGCAGUCGCCGCAUUAGUGCCAAACACUAACAUCUCAGUUUAGUUUAUAUCCGUUGCUAUCACACCAGCAAGCUAUUAAUUAUAGCAUUAGAGCAUGCCGAGGGACUACUGCGUGCAGUCACUGGCCCAACUCCUACAAGGAUACGGAUUCGGGGUCCUUAUAGAGUUGUACCAACAAGUCAUGACUCCUGAGAGGAUUGUGAGGUUGAAUAUCACUCCGUUGUCCCCCACUGAGUUUUUGGAGGCCUUAUUGGAGAAAGAAAUCGAACCUAUUACCAGAGAAGAAUACCAAGAAUACACAGACUUCUUCAUAGAGAACUCUUACUUGAAGACCGAAAGACUGGAAUACGACAUCAUCAAUAAAUACAGGGACGUCGCAUAUCGCAAAAUGGCGAAGCAGAAAGCCGCUGGAUAGCUUCACGUAGCUCUGGAGGGCUUCAAUACUUCAACGUAGUGGCGGAACUAGCAUGCUGUCGAUGUCCAGGCACAGGGCGUAGACCCUCUGUCCUGAGGAUCGCUGUUGUAGAACCUCUUGUUCUAAC